UUUUAAUCCAGUUAUCGUAUACGCAGAACAGCGUUAAGGAAAGUAACAUGUAUCACGUGACAAAGCCGUAAACGUCGGUUAAUCAGAGGUCAAUUAAUAUACUAAUAAAACAAUAAAAUAGUAACACAGAGUAACUGGACACUGAGGAGUCAUUGAACUAAAAAAAAAAACAACACACACACAAUGAGUGAGGCAUUUUAUUAUUAUCACUGAGGAGAAUUAUUAUUUAGACCACAUCAGGGCCUGACUGCUUUACAUGCUACGUUAGCCUAUACAUAAUAUUUAAUACGCCAGUGCCACUAGAUGGCAGACGCGACGCGUAUGGACCUGCAUUGCAUUUGAUGUCACGUUCGAGUUAAUCUUUAGCUAUCAAUUGGGUUUAUUAAAUACUUCAAGAAUGACCUGAACUUCCAUAUCCGCCAUUGUUUUGUUAACAGGCCUGCACUAAGCAUUUUCCCACUGUAGCUCUUGAUAGGCUAAGCUAUUUUUUUACAAAUUCAUUCUUUCAUUGGCCAAGAUUUUUGUCUUAAAACAUAUUUAUAUAUUUAUAAUCAAAUGACACAUUUGAUAACAUAUUUAGCCUAUAACGAACAUUAUGCUAGCUGCCUAUUGGCUCGUGCUGGUCUGUUUUCAACCGUACAAAUUGACACGUUCAUUCACAACUUGAACACUUGUUUUUGUUUGUAACUUUCAAUAGAUCAAUAGGCUAUUAUGUACAAAAAUAGACCUAUGUCUUUCAUCUGAAGUCUAAUGAUCUUCUUUAGGCUAUAAAGUUUGAGAUUAUUACUAUUAUAGGCUGACGUAUGUAAUUUACCAAUCUUUUUAUUUAAACAGCCUGUCAGUCAGACAAUAAACUAUUCCUCUGAAAGAGAAACAGCGAGAUACUCGUUGCCAGAUACAAUAGGCCACAUAUACUUUGUAAAUGCUCGUGUUUUCUUCUUCUUGCACCCCUCCUUGAUCUCACCCUCCUCCAGCAGUCAUUGAUAGUGCGCGCGCAGCCCGAGUCUUCACUCCAUCACAUAAAGCGCGCGCCUGAACAUCACACACAGUCUGGGUAUGCGUUUGCGCCACUGCGUGCAUUUUGGACUAUAGCUAAUACUAAAGUUUGGCUUUUGGAGCACUGUUGCCCGUCCUCUUCUUCAAAGGUAUUUUGAUGUUACCAACAGAAAUCUCAGGAGGAGUGUGUUUCAGCACAAGUCAGCACUCCAAAGAAGGAAGGAACGGAAUGAAAACAGAAGAAAACCAAUCAUGUCUUCAGCAGGCCCCCUCUGCCACUCCUUACGAGCAUGUGGGAGGAGGUGAGGUGUGUGCAGGGUGCGAGUCUCCCAUCGCGGACCGCUUCCUCCUGCGCGUCAAUGAACUGUCCUGGCAUGAGACGUGUGUCAAGUGCGCGGUAUGUCGCAGCGCGCUGAGUGGGACCUGCUACUGCCGGGACCGCUUGCUUUACUGCAAGCAUGAUUAUGAGAAGUUGUUCGUGCGGAAGUGCAGUGCGUGCCUGCAGGCGAUCGGCCGCUCGGAGCUCAUCAUGCGUGUGCUGGGGCAGGUGUACCACCUGGGCUGCUUCAGCUGCUGCGAGUGUGAGCGCCGGCUGCAGAGAGGUGAUGAGUUUGUGCUAAAGGAGGGACAGCUGCUCUGCCGGGGAGACUAUGAGAAGGAGAGAGAGAUGCUGGCCGCCAUCAGCCCGGCCCCUACCGAGUCUGUAAAGAGUGAGGACGAGGAGGGUGGCGGUGUCUCCGUCGGGGGGAAGGCUGGGGAUGAUGGGAAGGAGCACAAGAGAUCCAAGAGACCACGCACCAUCUUGACCACACAACAGCGUCGCGCUUUCAAGGCUUCCUUCGAGGUGUCUUCCAAACCCUGCCGAAAGGUCAGAGAAACUCUUGCAGCUGAGACUGGACUGACGGUGAGAGUCGUGCAGGUGUGGUUCCAAAAUCAGAGAGCAAAGAUGAAGAAGAUCGCUCGCAGACAGCAGCAGCAGCAGCAACAGCAGGAACAGGAGCAGAUGGGUGGGACCAGGAGGGGUCCGAGCAGAGGGGGGCGCCAGAGUAACGAUGACAGUGAGGAUGGCUCCAGCAGUCACGGACUGGAUGGGUUGCUCUCAUAUUCCUCUCUGCCACGCCAACAACUGCUGGCUUUGGAUCCGAACAUAUACGGAAGCGAGCAGUUCCGACACGGGCUCACGCCACCACAGCUCGGCCCCGAGCAGAUGCACUCCUAUGACUCAGAGACAGUUUUCCAUGACUUGGACAGUGAUGGAAGUCUCAGUCAUCUUGGUGACUGUCUCUUGACGACCGCAGAGGGUGGAGUCCUGGCAGGGCGGAUAGGAAAUCCCAUUGAUCGUCUCUACUCAAUGCAAAACUCCUACUUUACCUCAUGACCCUGGUUCCACCUACCUAAAGCGCUCCACCACCACUGCAGGGGGCAACAAAGAGAUCAUCAUCAAAACUAAUUGAAUCCCACAAUCACAUCUUAGUUGUGCCAAUAAAGCUCUAACCAAUCAAACCAAGACAGGAUCAGACCCUAAAAAUUCAAUAUGACAUGGACAGAAUAGGAAUUCACUGGAAUAUCAUGUUUUGUAUCACACAUAUGCACUAUUUUCUCCGCUCUGUAUCGCGCAAGCAUUUUUGGACAGUCAUAGGUGCAGACAUCAACAGGCAGCUCUUCGUGAAGUGUAAGUGUUACCUCACCCUCUACUCACUGUAAAACUAACAAACUGAUCAAGUCGGUAUCCAAAAUCUCCCCCUAUACUCUCAUUCGCUAUUAGAGUGCUUGAAUGAUGAUGUGUUUUGUAGGCCAACCAAAAAGUCAGCAUCACCCCGGUUCCCUCGAUAAAAAGACAAUAGGAUUAUUCUACUGGAUUAUUGCAGAAAAUGCUCUUACACAUUUUGUUCAUCAUGAUAAUCUUUUGAAAAUUUUAAAGCCUAAAUACAGCAGAAGUAAAAAUCUAAAUGUAUAAAAAUGCACCACGGUCACAUGACUUCAACAUCACCACCAAGCUUCUAACAUAUAUUUCAGUCUUUUAAAAAACAUUUUCUGUGAUAAUAAACACAACAAGGCUGUGAAAGCGGAUUAGUGUAUUCAGUGUGAUAAUGUUUAAAGGUGCAGUAAGCGAUUUUUGAGAAACCAAGCAGCACAACAAACUUGUCAGCAGCAGGGGGCGUGGUCACUCAUGAUGGGGGAGGAGAGAGUGGGAGAUUUGAAUGAAGACUGUUGAAAGAGAGAUGGCUGAGAGACAUUACAAAAGAGAAAAGGUCAGUGGAAUAUCACUGGGAAAAGAAGGGUUAUGAUCAGGCAAGAGCUUUAAGGCUCAUGUUAAUAUUAGAAAAGCUUUCCAGCGCUGGAGAGACCCAAGCAGGAAGGAGUGAAAAUGGACGCCAAGGCUGUGUGGUUUCUGCUACGUACGUGAGUAACAUUGGUUUUGCUGUGUUUCGCAGAUCAAGAGAAGCUGUUGUUGUAAUGUUAGCUAUAGGAACAGGACAGUUUUGAGUGACUAACAACGAACUCUUGCUUGUAUUUCCUCUUGUGUACUGCAUGUUCAUUUUUUGUUCUUCCUUGUCGUUCCUACAUCAUCUUUGCUUUAUUUUUCGUGACGCAUUAUUUUGCUUCGCUUCAGUUAUGAUAAACAGACUCGUGCAUUUUGGGGGCAAAACAGUGAAGGGAGGGGUGUGUUUGUUUGGGUUGAUUUCAAAUAUCAACAUUGUUUUUCAGAAAUUGCUUACUGCACCUUUAAUGUCCCCAACAACCUUUGUAGUCCCAUUUUGCCACUUGUUAGCAAAUGCCUUUUUCAAGACAAGUAAAAGCUAUUAAUGCUGUAUUUUAUGGUGUAGAAUAAUAUGUAAAAAUGAGCUUAUGAUAACCUUAUUUCAUGCUCUUAACCAAAAACGCAUCGACUUCAGGAUGAUGGAACCGGAAGUGCCAAAAUGCAAACUGGGUUUUGGCCUACAAAAAUAUGUCAUCCUUGCAGCAUUCUCUUCACUACAUUAGUCCACUGAAUGAGUGAAUGAAACAGAAUGAGCCGGAUGUUCUGUCCACUAUGGUUUCGGACACCAAUACAAAUGGCUGACCCCUCAAAUAAUGCAAGGGUAUGGGAGCGAUUUCAGACACAGCCCAAGCCAAUUUCCACUCUCUUCUUAUUGCUUUGCCAUCUUUAGGUCCUUCCUUAUGAAAAGGAAUCAGCUUUUGUUUAAAUCUAACACAAAAACCAAAAUAGUCUAGCAUGCUGGCAUAAGUCAAAUGUACAUUAAUUUUUUUGUCAAGUGAAAAUGUAUAUUAAAGAUGCACUCAGUAGUUUUAUGUAUGUCAAGCUGACCAAUAUAGCAGUUGUCUUGGACUUAUACUGACACCUAGUGGCGUGGAUGCAGCAUCACACAAACACAAAUGUUUGACACGAGUUAUUAUAGCUAAAUAAAACUAAAACCAUAAAAAAAAUUGUUACUUGAAAUAAAGUAAAUGUUAACUGAAAUAAAUUAAAAUAUUACCUAGUUGCCAAGGCAACAUUUCUAAUUUUCAUUUAAUUUAACUAAACUAAAAAUUACUAAAACUGGAAUAAAAAUUCAUAAAAACUAUAUAGACAUUAAAAAAAAAAAGCUAAUAAAAAUGGGGGAAAAACACAACUGAAUUAUUAAAAUGUUAACUAAAAUUAAAGUGAAAAAUAAAAACUAAACUAUAAUAGUAUCUCAAUAAUACUAAAAAACUAUUUUGUUUAGCUUUUGUUAAAAAAAAAAAAAACUCUUUUAUCCAUAAUUAAUCAAUACUGCAGACAAUAGUGUUCACAAAUGGGGGUAAACAAGAUAGAGUGAGUAGUAUGCAACCAUUUGGUGACCCAACACUUGUAAAAUAAGACAGCUGUUAUGACUGGAGUCUUCAUCUCAUGUUAAUGUUGUUUUGUAACACGUUAUUUUUCAAAAGCACUACUGAUUUUUUUAAGUGUAAAAGUCUUUUAAUGAGAAAAUAAAAUACUGAGUGCACCUUUUAACAUUUUAAAUUCCUUUUCACAAAUGAAAAAUGUUGACAGCUAGUGCAGUAUUUUUUAUGAAGAAAUUUAAUUUUGAUUUCAUUUUUAAACACUGGCAGUUUCUCAGACAGAGGUUUAGUGUUCUUUUUUUUUUUUUUUUUUUUUUUUUUUUUAAGCCGCCUUAACUGUGCAUUGGACAAUUAAAAGAGACAAAAUUUUAAAAUUAAAAUAGUACACCAUAAAAUAAUGAAAUGUCUAUUAGAUAUAACUGAAGAAGAUAUCUCAAAGACCAAAAAAUGUGAGGGAGUCUUGAUUAUGCUGUAAUUUAAUAUUUCAUAUAACAAAACCACAAAUGAGAUGAUUUAAUUUAAAUCUCAGGUUUUAAACAGUAUUAACAUUUGGACACAGGGUAAAUUUUCUCUGAUUAAAAAAAAAAAAGUGAGAAAUGUGAAAACAAGGGCCUUGAUUUAUUUCCUGCAGUAGCAUUGCUAUUUGGUGACUAUGGUAAACAGGUAGGUUUUUAGAUUGUUAGGCAUCAGGUAAAAUGUAGAGAUGUGCUCUAAUCUCCAAACUGAGAUGACUCCAUGAUAAGGAAAUGAUCAGGGUUAUUGCUGUUACAGGGUUAGUUAGCCUUACAGUUACAGGGUUGAUAAUAAAUAAGACAUUUAUCUCUUUAGUACUGACAGGAAAAAUAGCACAAAGUAUUAAGAAAACUCCCUAAAUGUUACAGGACGUGUACACUUGGCAAAGUGUUGCUAAUUGUGCUUUAUUGUAAUAUACUAAAUGUGUUGGUCAUAUGACUGUUGUUGUAAUUAGCACUAUUGUUAUACGUGUAGUUAUUUACUUCACCUCUUUUUACUCAUUAUGUUCUUGUUGAUUAUUUUUAAUGGCAACAAUAGCAUCGGAAUAUUUAUGUUGCAGCAUGAUAUACUGUAUAAUUAUGUGAAAUGUAUUAUUUAUAUUGAAGAAUGUACAGUAACACCAUCUGCUUAUGAAAAUCCUGACAAACUGAAAUGUAGUUUCUAGUACACUGGACUUGACUUUCUGGUACAUCAAGUGUGCAGCUGACUGCUCACAUAUUCAUGAACCAUUUUGUGAUACUGGACUGUUUUAUUUAGAGUGUUAUUUCUGUUGAUGGGGCGAUGAAUGUACCAUCUUUCUGUUUCUUUUUGUGUGAUCACUUUCAGUGAACGUGUUUUUGUGUACGGUGUUCUCGGGUUUCCAAUAUAACUCAUUUCAAACAUU